AUGGCAAAAGACGACAUCAACGGUACAAAGGUGCAGAUCGACCAGACGGUGCAGAUUGUCAACAUGUCUGAAUUCAACAAGUAUACGCAGACGGCGCUUCUCACUAAAGAGUAUCACGUCUUCUUGAAAGGGUCUGGGGCGUUGCACAAACGUGGACUCCCCUCCGUCACGGUGGAUUAUGACAAGAUCAUCACUCUGCAAGGACUGAAUGGCCUCGCAGGCUUCAACGUGACUUCAUUCGACAUCAUCGACCCUCCUCUCCCGAAUGGAUCCAACAUCCCAGGCACGGUCUCGAUUCCGAACCCGUCUUUCCCGACUUUUGAACUGGGCAAAGUCAACAUGAACAUGUCCGUCGCAGGCGCCUCAAUCGGCACCUGUUCCGUACCAAACGUCCUCUUGCAGCCUGGUGACAAUACCUUCCCCAUGAUUGGCGUCGCGAACCAGUCUGCGAUUGCGGGACUUGUUCUGGGACUAUUCAAGCCGGGGAUUGUUCCUAUUGACGUGGUGGGGACUCAGGUGCUGUACAACGAGGAGAACAUUCCGUGGUAUGAGCAGGCUCUGCAGGGGCUGAUGCUCAGACUCGACUUGGACGUGACGGGAGCGUUGCAAGAGUUUGCCGUCAGCGACGCCAGAUGGGGACGCAUGCAACAAGAAGUUACACUAGACGCGGUGGCUGAUGGACCUGAUGCGGUUGUUCAUUUCACACAGCCAAGAUCAGCAUUGACGGCGAUAGGUGCGUGA